AUGAUGGAAAACUCUAUGAUCUUGCUGAACGCUCAAGUUCAGUUCCUGGAAACCAAACUAGCAAUUGUGCACAUCCCCCUACACUUAUAUUCACACUUUAUACAACCUAUCUUGCGUCUCCUGACGCUUACAGACGGCGCAGAUGAGGUGGACGGGCUGCCUCGUAGGAAGUGGGCGUAUCCUAACGCCUUCACCAACAUCUCAGUAACCACGAUUGAGUGUUCGGUGGUCUGUCCGCGACGCCUGGUUGACGAGCUGUUCAGACCGUUGAUCGAGAGGCUAGACGCGAAAGCGAAACAAGCAGUCAUCAUCAGCAACGAUGAUUUUGUCGUGAUACAAGUUGGAGGUGAAGGUAUGGAAGCUGGACAACGAGUCUUGGAUUUGACUGCGCCUCUUGCGCUCGCUGGAAUCUCGAUCUUCUUCAUCACAAGCUACUACAGCGACUUCGUACUUGUUCCCUACAACUCCAAAUCAACAGUCAUCUCCGCUCUGGAAGAGCGAGGUUUCGCCUUUGAACCCGUUUCCAAUGGCCAUGGCGCAAACAUGACCAAUGUUUCUUCACCCCUCCACUCGCAUAACCGCAACAGCAGCAGUUCUUCAUCGAUCGAUCUUCUUCAAUCUCCAGGCACGCCUCCACCAGCAACGGUUGCUGAAUGGCAAACCAAAACUUUCUCUACACUCCACCGCCACGACAUCCUCCCUUUGGUAGAUGAAAGCCUAGAGUUGCGCACCUGUGCCGGGUAUCGCAGCGACAGCGCAGACAUCCACGAUGCGAUCCAAUUAGGCAUAUUCAAAUGUCUUCUCACAAACCCUCGAUUCAUGUCCAUCACCCUGACCCAGACGGAUACUGUGUCCCUGACCCUCGACCAAGAGCUGCUUUCCCAAUUCCCUUCCUCUGGCGAAGGCAUACUCCUCCAGAACGACCAGACCUAUUUUGCUAUCGUGUUCGAUUUGCGCAAGUUGCCCGAAGAAAGUACGGGUAUCAUUUGUGGUGUUGCUGGACGUCUGUUGGACAGGUUGGGUGAUGAAGGGCAAGGUGAAGGGACAUUCAACAUGAGUUAUCUGUCCACGGCUAGGACAGGUAAUGUGAUUGUUCGAGAAGAUGAGGUUGGCGAGGCGCUGGAGGCACUUAUAGAAGAAGAGGCCAUGAGUGUCGAUGGUAUCAAUGUUGUGGCCAAUGGGCAUUGA